AGUUUAAAAUGGCGUUCCAUGUGAGACUUUUAUCUCGCAGGAUUUUUGACCAAACACUACGAGGACAUAAAUCCAGUAAUGCCUGUAUUCAUACCACGGCUGUCCUAGACAAGCACUAUAAUCCAAAGUUCCGUAAAGAGAGAUGGCAAAAGACAUAUAAAAUCGACAAGCCCGAUUACGACAAAUUACGCCGAGAGUCAAAUAUGACGAUGGAGGAGCUACGUUCUCAUACUAAAAAGACUGGUCAACCUCCCCCUCGAACAUUUAAGGAGAAAGAUUUAACCAUAUCUGCGAGUGGUACGAUAUUUGAACCAUACGUUCCACCAGAGGGAGACGGAAGAUCCAGCUUGCUCUCUGGAGAGGGUACAAAGCAAAAGUUUACUGAAUUUGAAAAAAAAGGAAAGAGCUACAUGCAAACUAGGAAAAUUCGUCAAUUCGACGAAGACUUUAACGUUAAGACUUUUCCCGAUAUAGCUGAUGCAAUUUAUAAAGAGGCUAAUUUCUGUUUAAAUGACAUUAAGGCCAAUGAAGAAAAAUUACACGAAUUAGUUUCUGAAAAAGCCUAUCCAGAGUUAACUUGGAAUUUUAAUUUGAAAACGGUUAAAUGGGAUUUUAUCGAAUCCCUUGAGCCUCCCAGAGUUGUUCAUGUCAGAACCUUAGAUAUGUUAUCUAAGGAUAAUGUUUAUGGUCAAGUAACAGUAAGAUUUCAUACUCGUCAAACUUUAGCUGUUUAUGAUAGAUUUGGAAGAUUAAUGUACGGAUCCGAAAAUAUGGUUAGAGACGUUCUAGAUUAUGUUGUAUUCGAAAAACAUUUAUCAAAUGAAUAUGGUAUUUGGAGAAUUCAUGGUAAAAUAGUACCAAGCUGGUUACCUUCGACGCAACCAGUUUAUAGGACAUUAAGAAAGCCAAAUUUUCCUGAGGUAAAAGAUGAAAAAUCCGAUAAAGAAACAAGUGAAGCUGUUGCUGUUGCUCAGUCAUAG